AUGGAGCUUCACAGGAGUUUGGGAUGUGUACUGAUCGGAGUUUAUCUGUGGGUGACGUUCUACUGUCAAGGUUGCCAUGGUGGUGUGUACCAGAGGAAGCUCUACCAGGAACUCUUGGUGGACUACAAUCGCCUGGAGAGACCGGUCCAGAACGACUCAGCUCCUCUCAUCGUGGAACUUGGCUUCACAUUGUUACAAAUCAUAGAUGUGGAUGAAAAAAACCAAGUGUUAAUCACCAAUGCCUGGCUGCAGCUGACCUGGACUGACAUGUACCUGUCAUGGAACCAGGAGAACUACCCUGGCGUUCAGAACCUUCGCUUCCCCUCUAACCUGAUAUGGGUCCCGGACAUUCUCCUCUACAACAGUGCCGACGAGAGGUUUGACGCCACGUUUCACACUAACGUGCUGGUGAAUUCUUCAGGAUUCUGUCAGUACAUCCCACCAGGCAUUUUAAAAAGCACCUGCUACAUCGAUGUCCGAUGGUUCCCCUUCGAUGUGCAGAAAUGUGAUCUGAAGUUUGGUUCUUGGACCUACAACGGCUGGCUGCUGGACCUCCAGAUGAUGGAUGUAGACAUCUCCACCUACAUCCCCAACGGAGAGUGGGACCUUGUGGGUGUGCCCGCCAAACGUAAUGAGCUGUAUUAUGAGUGCUGUAAAGAACCGUACCCUGAUGUGACAUUCACGGUCACCAUGCGCCGCAGGACUCUUUAUUACGGCCUCAACCUGCUCAUCCCCUGCGUCCUCAUAUCUGGUCUGGCCCUGCUGGUCUUCCUGCUCCCUGCUGAUUCUGGGGAGAAGAUCUCACUAGGCAUCACGGUGCUGCUGUCCCUGACUGUCUUCAUGCUGCUGGUGGCAGAAAUCAUGCCGGCAACUUCAGACUCUGUACCUUUGAUUGCUCAGUACUUUGCCAGUACCAUGAUGAUCGUUGGUCUGUCUGUGGUGGUCACAGUGCUGGUUCUACAGUUCCACCACCAUGACCCACAUGGAGGGAAGAUGCCUAAAUGGGUCCGGGUCAUUCUCCUCAACUGGUGCGCUUGGUUCCUGCGCAUGAAGAAACCUGGAGAGGAGCUCAAGGCAGCCGUGAGCUCCAAUGGCAACCACAAAUUCUCCCACCCUUCGCCCCAACACACCAGCACCAGCAGCAUCCAGAUGAACUCCAUCCCAGGACAGGCAGCAACACAUUCGACCACAACCAACGGGAACCUGAACCUGUACUUUGGUUACCACACCAUGAGUACCGAGAACCCAGCUUUCCCCUCCAGCACCGAUUCCACCCUGGUGAAGUGCAGUGGCAGCAGACACCCUAACUGCUCGUCCCAGCCGGAUAUCCACUCUGAGCAGAUGCGGACUUUGCUGCUGGAGCAGGUGCCAGAAAUUUCCCAGAUCCUGGAGGAGGUGCAGUACAUAGCCAGGCGCUUUCGGGAGCAUGAUGAGGGCGAGGCCAUCUGCAGCGAGUGGAAGUUUGCAGCGGCGGUGGUGGACAGGUUAUGCCUGGUGGCCUUCUCGCUCUUCUCCAUCAUCUGCACUUUCACCAUUCUCAUGUCGGCUCCCAACUUCAUUGAAGCAGUUUCCAAAGAUUUCACAUAAUCUUCCACGUACUCCGCCAUGACACCGUCCCCCAGUGUCUGAGAGCCAACGCUAAUCAUCGACUAAAACUCUACCAAACCCCUCUUUUUGUCUCCAGUGUUAAGUAGCACAAUAUCUAUAUACUUUAGGUGUUGUUUUUCCUCUUUCUUCACAUAUUUGUCAAAGUACCUGCAAGAAUAUAGGUGAGGUUGUUUAUUUAUUAAAUUAUCGGUGACUGAAUGACGACAAUGAACAGACAACACGCAGUAGCUCAUAAUGUGGAAAGUCGUGUUAGCGUGCUUUGCAAUUGUAUCCCUGCUGCGCCGCAUAAUUUACCUCCCACUACUUGAGCUCACGUCUUGUGUGUCACAUUGUUCUCGCUCCUUUCUAGCACUUGUUAUUUAAUAUUUCACUUCCCCCACUGGAAUUUUCACUUUUGUGUCUUACUUACAUUUUUA